GGCAUCUCCGUAGCCCGUAAUCAUUUGCAACAGAGCAGCGCACGUGGAGAGCAAACUGCUGCACCGAAUAAACACGCAUCUGUGUUGACAUUUCAGCACAGCGUUCAUAUUCGCCCAGUUCGGAUACAUUUCUGUACACUUUCUGAUUAUUUGCACCAGAGCAAAUGUUACCGGAGUUAUUUUCGACAAGUUUUUCAAAAGACUCGUAAGGAAUAAAAGUCAAGCCGCACCAAAAGACUGUUGAGCAUGUGCUUGGUACAACACUUACACUUUUAAAUUGGGACCCCUCUCCCGCGAAUUUAUAAGUUGAGCCAUUGUAAGUAUGGUGGAUAAAGGUCCUCUAUUGACUUCUGCGAUCAUUUUUUAUCUGUCCAUCGGGGCAGCAAUAUUCCAAGUUCUCGAGGAACCGAAUUGGAAACUUGCUGCAAAACAGUACAAUGCACAAAGGGAUAAAAUACUAGAAGACUACCCCUGUCUCACCAAAGAUGACUUGGACAAGAUUUUGGAGGUGGUGUCGGAUGCUGCCGGACAAGGUGUCACCAUCACUGGCAGCAAGACUUUCAACAACUGGAACUGGCCCAAUGCUGUCAUCUUUGCUGCUACUGUCAUCACAACUAUAGGUUAUGGCAACAUUGCCCCCAAAACGUCAGCAGGACGGGUGUUCUGCAUCUUCUAUGGGCUCUUUGGGGUGCCACUCUGUCUUACCUGGAUCAGUGAGCUGGGGAAGUUCUUUGGAGGCAGGGCCAAGCACCUGGGUCAGUACCUUACCAAGAGAGGGGUUUCACUGCGAAAGGCCCAGUUCACUUGCACAGCCAUCUUUGUCCUUUGGGGUGUACUGGUCCAUCUGGUCAUCCCCCCAUUUGUAUUUAUGUCUCAAGAGGGUUGGACCUAUUUGGAGGGCUUGUACUUUUCCUUUGUCACCUUGACCACGAUUGGCUUUGGUGACCUUGUAGCAGGCGUGGAUCCAAAUGCAGACUACCCCACUCUGUACCGUUACUUUGUGGAGGUGUGGAUUUACCUGGGUCUGGCCUGGCUCUCCCUGUUUUUCAACUGGAAGGUGCGCAUGGUCGUGGAGGCCCACAAGGCUCUGAAGAAACGACGCAAGCGGCGCAAGCUCUCCCUUAACGAGCUGAGGAACUACAAGGAGAGCCACAAGCCCCUCUACCUGCCGCCCACCGCCAACGACGUCAACAUCUUCAGCUUCCUGUCCAAGAAGCAAGAAGGCUACAACGACCUCAUCAAACAGAUUGGUGUCAAGAAAGAUGGUGGCGGGGACCACUGUGAUGGUAAUGAUGCCAGUAACAAGGCCAAGGAGGCGAACCGCUCCCAGAGCUGCAUCGACACAGUUACCUGCAACGGCAACACUAUUCUCAGCCUGGACCGCUCACCGCGGCAGAAGCGACGCUACAGCUUCAGUGACCGCGUCACAGUGGCCUUCUCAAAGUCCAAGAACUACCUCCUGGGCUCGGAGAACGGGAUGCUGCUCACAGAGGACCAUGGUGAAGGUGAUUUGGACGGGGACGAGGAGAGCAUGUACGAGAACCAACUGGACAAAGAGGUGGACCAGGAGAGCGGAGGUGGCAGCCUGGGCGGUGGUGGAGGUUGCGGUAUGGGUGGUCGACGGCUGUGGGACUCCAAAGAGUACCAGUCCCUGAUCUUCCAGAAUGCGAACAUCACUUUUAUUGACGAGGAGAACGUCCUCAACAACAACCUGGAGGAUGAGGACGAUGAUGCUAAAGCCAAGCUAUCAAUCACCACGUGCGACGAAAAUGUAGAGUCGGAGACUGACUCCAAAGAGGAGCAGGGCUCUGAAUCAGAAGAGUCCGUGUUCACCAGCGAUGGAUCAGAACAUGACCACUCUUAUGAGAAGCUUGUGGAGGAAUAUUCAAAGGAGGACAACACAGAGUCCUGAGGAACUGAACUGGUCUUGACUGAACUAAACUUGGAAUAAUCCCUCAUUUCAUCGCUAUGACAAAAACGUUUUUUUUUACAAUUUAAGGCAUAGCCACAUUCUCGUUGAACUUGGAUCUAAUGAAGGAGAAAUCUUUUAAUAUUCUGUUAAUAUCAAAGACUGUGAAAUGAACAUUACAGGUUUUAUGUCUAUCACUCUGGUGCAUUUUUUCAGAUGUAAGUGGUAUAUUUCCUGUGUCUUAUGUUCAAAACCUUUCAUUGGAGUUGAACACAUCUUUCAUCUCCGAGUCUUUCAUGCAAUUUUUUCUCAAAUACCAUGAGAACAUUUUGCUUAGUCACCAAUACAUCAGAUAAUAACAGGCUCACCAUUUAGUCAUUUUAACUAACGUUUAAUCCGAUAGCAGAAAAUACAUUAUACCAUUUUCAAAACUGAUGUUUUUGAAAUGCUGAAUCGAAGGAAUAAUAGAUCAUAUUGAAGAAUACUGGCUGAUGAAGGAUGACAAUGGACAAUGUAGUAACUAGGCACUAUACACUUUUGUUUCAGUAGUCUUCAGUUUUGAGCAUGUUAAUUCGGUUAUAGUUAAAUUAAGAAAUUACAAGAUAAUCAUAUAAAAAGUAAUGAAAAGCAGAUACUUGGAGUGGACAAGUGACUGUGAAUUUGUUUGUAAAUGCACUUAGUUUUGAAACAACCAUUUUACAUUUACAUUUACAUUUAAGUCAUUUAGCAGACGCUCUUAUCCAGAGCGACUUACAAAUUGGUGCAUUCACCUUAUGACAUCCAGUGGAGCAGCCACUUUACAAUAGUGCAUCUAAAUCUUUUAAGGGGGGGGGGUGAGAAGGAUUACUUUAUCCUAUCCUAGGUAUUCCUUAAAGAGGUGGGGUUUCAGGUGUCUCUCUUGAUUAAAUGUUUAGAUUUUUGUGCUAAGAAUUGUGAAAGUGUAAUAGAUGCUUUUGAAAAUUGCACCAGAGUGAUUGAAAAAGACGAACAGUCUUCCCUCAAACGAUCAAAUAAUGUGUCUAUAUUAAACAAUGAGUUUAUGAACUUAUUAACUCCUUCUGGUUAUAGACUAAAUGGAGUGACUUAUAGAUAAAGUUGUCCUACAUUAAUUCACUACUGUUUUCAUAAGAUAUGGUCGUCUAACAUUUGUUUGAAACAAGAUUGAGUUUUUCAAUCAAUUUGAGAUGUUAAUAUGAAAUAGCAAGGGUGAAUACAUUUUUCAGAGGAUUGCUUCCUACUUCUUUGAUUUAUAUUCACCAUAUUGGUGUUUUUUUGUGAUAUUUAUACAAUGAAGGAAAAUGCAGCCCUUUUGUUAAAGGGGCAAUCCACAGUUGCUACAUACAUUUUUGGACUUAUACAUUAUUGAUAUACACUGAGUGUACAGAACAUUAGGAACACCUUCCUAAUUUUGAGUUGCACCCCUUUUCGCUCUCAGAACAGCCUCAGCCUGCCUUCGACAGGGCACUACAAGGUGUCGAAAGCGUUCCACAGGGAUGCUGGCCCAUGUUGACUCCAAUGCUUGCCACAGUUGUCAAGUUGGCUGGAUGGCCUUUGGAUGGUGGACCAUUCUUGAUACACAUGGGAAACUGUUGAAGCCCAGCAGCGUUGCAGUUCUUGACACACUCAAACCGGUGCGCUUGGCACCUACUACCAUACACAGUUCAAAGGCACUUAAAUACACUGCUCAAAAAAUAAAGGGAACACUAAAAUAACACAUCCUAGAUCUGAAUGAAUGAAAUAUUUUUAUUAAAUACUUUUUUCUUUACAUAGUUGAAUGUGCUGACAACAAAAUCACACAAAAAUGAUCAAUGGAAAUCAAAUUUAUCAACCCAUGGAGGUCUGGAUUUGGAGUCACACUCAAAAUUAAAGUGGAAAACCACACUACAGGCUGAUCCAACCUUGAUGUAAUGUCCUUAAAACAUCCCUACAACGCCUGGGCAUGCUCCUGAUGAGGUGGCGGAUGGUCUCCUGAGGGAUCUCCUCCCAGACCUGGACUAAAACAUCCGCCAACUCCUGAACAGUCUGUGGUGCAACGUGGCGUUGGUGGAUGGAGCGAGACAUGAUGUGCUCAAUUGGAUUCAGGUCUGGGGAAUGGGCGGGCCAGUCCAUAGCAUCAAUGCCUUCCUCUGGCAGGAACUGCUGACACACUCCAGCCACACAGCUAGCAUUGUCUUGCAUUAGGAGGAACCCAGGGCCAACCGCACCAGCAUAUGGUCUCACAAGGGGUCUGAGGAUCUCAUCUCGGUACUUAAUGGCAGUCAGGCUACCUCUGGCAAGCACAUUGAGGGCUGUGCGGCCCCACAAAGAAAUGCCACCCCACACCAUGACUGACCCACCGCCAAACCGGUCAUGCUGGAGGAUGUUGCAGGCAGCAGAACGUUCUCCACGCGUCUCCAGACUGUCACGUCUGUCACAUGUGCUCAGUGUGAACCUGCUUUCAUCUGUGAAGAGCACAGGGCGCCAGUGGCAAAUUUGCCAAUCUUGGUGUUCUCUGGCAAAUGCCAAACGUCCUGCACGGUGUUUGGCUGUAAGCACAACCCCCACCUGUGGACGUCGGGCCCUCAUACCACCCUCAUGGAGUCUGUUUCUGACCGUUUGAGCAGACACAUGCACAUUUGUGUUCUGCUGGAGGUCAUUUUGCAGGGCUCUGGCAGUGCUCCUCCUUGCACAAAGGCGGAGGUAGUGGUCCUGGUGCUGGGUUGUUGCCCUCCUACGGCCUCCUCCACGUCUCCUGAUGUACUGGCCUGUCUCCUGGUAGCGCCUCCAUGCUCUGGACACUACGCUGACAGACACAGCAAACCUUCUUGCCACAGCUCGCAUUGAUGUGCCAUCCUGGAUGAGCUGCACUACCUGAACCACUUGUGUGGGUUGUAGACUCCGUCUCAUUUCACCACUAGAGUGAAAGCACCGCCAGCAUUCAAAAGUGACCAAAACAUCAGCCAGGAAGCAUAGGAACGGAGAAGUGGUCUGUUGUCUCCACCUGCAGAACCACUCCUUUAUUGGGGGUGUCUUGCUAAUUGCCUAUAAUUUCCACCUGUUGUCUAUUCCAUUUGCACAACAGCAUGUGAAAUUUGUGGACAGUUUGAUUUCACAGAAGUGUGAUUGACUUGGAGUUACAUUGUGUUGUUUAAGUGUUCCUUUUAUUUUUUUGAGCAGUGUAUUUUGUCUUUCCCAUUCAUCCUCUGAAUGGCACACACAAUCCGUGUCUCAAUUGUCUCGAGGCUUAAAAAUCAUUCUUGAACGUGUCUCCUUCCCUUCAUCUACGCUGAUUGAAGUGGAUUUAACAGGUGACUUCAAGAAGGGAUCAUGGCUUUCCCCUGGUUUCACCUUGUCAGUCUGUCAUUGAAAGAGCAUGUUUUGUACACAGUGCAUACUCAUUGAUUCUUGAAGAAUAUAACUAUAACAGCUGUCGUACCCCAUCACUAACUUGUUUUACUCUAGUGUUUGUAAACUAUAAAUGUAAACAAACACUUUAGCCUCAAAAACAUGGUUCAAACGAUGUUAUAUCAUGAAUGGUUCGUCCUUGUAUCCAUAGCUCUGCCUAUGAAUUUAAGAGUGGUUACAUUUCCACUUCCCCUCCCUCAGCUUUUUUCCAAAACAGUGGGGGGUUGACUGCUUUGCAACUAUUUCAAUUGCGGAUUGGCCCACUUUAAUUGCAUACUGGCAUAAAUGUCUCUCAUUGCACAAUUUCAUCAACUGAUGAGUGCAGUGUAAAAUCCAUUUCAAUGCAGAUUAAUGUUGACCACCUUAGCCAAGCCCUUGUCCUUGAAGAGGUUGAGUGGGUUUGCGUGCAAUUUUCCCUCUCCCUUUGUUUUCUUAUCAUUUCUUUGUUUCACUAAGUGAAAUCCAUGUUUACUUUUAAUGUCUGAGAUUGAUAUUUGUUUGACUGCAUUUUUUAGGGGUCAAAUUCUGAACAUGAAUACCAUUUUGAGAGCUUCCUGAACCAAUUAGAUCCAACCUGGAAAGUGAAACCUUGAAGUGUUUUUUUAGACCAAUGCAGAGUAGACUUGCGUGCAAAAUAGGGAUUAGUGUUCCAUUAGACAUUUCAGCCAAAAGGUGGGAUAUCCAUAAGUGCCCCAUUCAUUGUAUUCAUGUGACGCAUUCUUACACGCUAGUUCUGCGACACGGCACAGAACCACCUUGAGUUUAGAGUCUGGUUUCCUAGUGUAAAGUUGUUGGUUUUUGCUCUCUCACUUUGUCUCAUGGCUUUUUCUCUGUUAUUCUUUUGUAAAAAUGUUAUGGUCCCUUGCCUCUUUUGAAUGUUGAAUCGGCUCAUUUGAAAUGGUCUUCGUAAGGAAUUUCUCCAGUCACAAUAUUCAUUUUCUCACGUAAUCUCUCCUCCUUUUUAUUUACUGUCUCCCCUUUGAGAGACCUUUCGUAUUUGCCAUGUAAACAUUGGAAAAGUGCCCAUCAGUAGCCACCCGCUCUGCAUUGUCCAGGCCAUGGCCUUGCUACCUGUAUUUACUCUUGGGGGCUCGUGCUGGUGUGAAUGCCUGAAAUGUAACUCAUGUGGGCGGUCAAGGUUAACACGUGACAGCAUAAUGCUCCCUUAGCAUAAGGUUAGUCAUGAGACAAGGAGGCAGCAAUGUCAGUGUUCACUGUUUGUUUUCCUCUGUGUUCAUCCACAGCGAUUGCUCCCCCCUCCCCCUGCACAAAAACCUUACUCUGCAAAUUAUAUAAGUGUUGUGCAAUAUUAAGGAUGCCCAUACCAUUUGCUCACAACUAGUGUUUUUUCCCCUUCCCAGAAGAUUCAGUUGAGUCUGACAUGUCUUGUUCGUGGACAGAUACCUUUCAUCUUGUUAUUUGCCUGCUAUCCAUAUUGAAUCCACACUCCUCUACAUUCUGACUCUUGAAUGUUGUUUCCAAUGUGCUGAAUACAGCAUGGAUCCGAUAUGGACACCAGGUGACCUUAUUAGUGCAUAUCUGUACUUUCUUCACCAGGAAAAAAACUAGUUGCUAAUAUGGCCCCAAUUGUAUUACAAUGGUGUUCAUGAGCAUAAGCGCUUAAUGCUCCAUGGCUGUGUUAGCGUAAUCUUUAGUGUUGCUUACAUUAUCUUAGUGUUUAUUUUUAGUGUGUACAUUUUGUGUGCACCGACACCAGAUGUAAAUGUCCUAAAUCAUCACACUUUCACCAUCUACAGGAAAAUGGUACAUUAUAUUCACAUCUUUCUACAGAACAGGUAUGUGAACUACUGGAAAAUGGUUAGUGUGUUCCAGAAAAUUGUCCAACUGUCUGUUAGAAUUGAACUCUGUACUCGAUCUGAGGCUACACCAGUCACAAAUGGUUUCACCAGACCACUUGAGUGCAGCAUUGUUGUAAUGCAUCUAUGGUACUUUUCUAGAUUCUGAUUAAAUUAAACCGUUUUAAAUGUUUCAACAUUAUCAACAAAGAACAAGUUAUGUUGGUUGGACUAUGUUUUAAGUUUUACUCCUGUCAUUGCUACUUUGUGUAAAAUGUACUCCAUCUUUUGUUUUUAUUAUUAAAUUAUUGCAAUUUUUAUGAUUGUUUUGUACAUGAAAUCACAGCAAAACUGUAUAUAUUUCAUUUUGAAUAAAUAUAUUUAUAAAGUGUU